GGAUAAUGAAGAUGAGGACGUGGAUCGGUGCGUGGUGUGUUGCGCAAAAGCAACCUUGACCUGCGACGACUGCGAGGAUGAGUUCUACUGCUCGGACGACCACAUGGAGGACCACGAGAAGAUCCACCGGAAGGUGUGUGUCCCCAAAGCACUAUCAGAGGAAAGCGCCAGUUCUGAGGAGUCCUCGGAGUCGGACGAGACUACCCCGUCCAUCUCUCAGGACUCGCCGCUGCUGCGCGUGCCCGAGGAGGUCCUGCUGCAGGUGUGCCGUUCGCUGCAGGGCUCGGACCUUGUCCGCCUGGGCUGGGUCUGCCACUCCCUGCGCGUCCUGUGCAGAAACGCUCGUGCGUGGAGGCACGUCAAGUUCCCAGGCGGCGAGAACUGGAGCCACGCGGAGUUGAGGCAGGGGAGGGCGCCUCCUAACAAGUGCAGGAAGCUCCGCCCGAAACAGUAUGGCGUGCUGCGCGUCGCCCCAGCCCUGCACACCCUGACCGUGUCUCACCAGUGGCCGCCCGUCAACCUGCUGCGCUGCACCAACAACGUCAAGGUGUUCGAGUUCGAGUGGGAGAUGGAUCUAGAGGAUGAGGACAAGAACAAGCUGUACCAUACCAUUCGGCACUAUCGCCACCACCUUGAGAAGGUGAAGGUGCCCUUCCUGGAAGGGAUAAAGACCUUUCGUCUCAUCGACGGUCUGACGAAGAUUCAGGAGCUCUACGUCGGCAAUCAACUCGUUAAGGUGUACCCAGGCAGUGAAAAAACCAUCACCUCUCUAACUCUGGGCUGGUCAGUGAGCGGCAAAACAGCGGCCGAAAUCAUCAAGGCCAACAGAGACAGCCUGUCCUCUUUCUCCGUGGACAUCUACACUGGUGACAACCUGUGGAUGGACGCCUCCCCCAAGUCGGCCUUCUGCCGCGCGCUCAGGCUGUGCACGGGCCUGCGCGACGCCAGCAUCCCGACCUGGGGCGACAUCUCAAUCAUCGACUCGUUUCCACUGCUGCGUUCACUCACGAUCUUCAGCUUCGGCAAGGAGCAGCACCUGGCGGCCAAGCACUUCUUUGAAGCGUCGCGGGUGGUGCGCGGUCUGCACAAGCUGAGCCUGCACAUGGGGCAAAGUACCCAUAGAGGGCUGAUCCAGGUAGUGGCCUGCAGCUGCGCUGCGCUGCGCGAUCUUGGCCUUCUGUACGUCAACCCAGUCAGCCGGCAAGCACCUCGGGACCUGCACGUCAUCCUGGGCCGCCUGGGCGACCUGGAGAGGCUGACGCUGUCCUCGCUCAUGGUGCCGUGCUCCGUGUUCCGCGGCUUGGCGGCGGGGUCGCUGCCCAACCUCGCCGAACUCACUCUGGACUCGUGUUUGGUAACCAAUCAGGGGCGCGCUGCCCUGGAGGCAAUGCAGGCGCAGCGCCAGGACCUGGCAGUCGUGGGGACAAGGCCGAAGCUCGCUCAAGCCUGGCUGGCGAGCCGCUGCACCGACAGCAUGUGUCAGGCAAGUUCCGACUGCGACGAGGAUGACCCAGUCUGAAGCACCAAUGCCAUCCUCCGCACAGAGUCGGAGUUUGGGGCAGUGAAGGGCAUUCUCCGGUUGAAGGUUGAUGUCAAAGAAUGAAUGUACCUCUUUGUCUUUCAGAAUAUUCGAUUUAUGUUUGAUGUUAAAUGUAUCACUGAUUCAAGUUGAUUAGAAAUAAUAAGUUAUGUACUCCUACCCCUGGCUUCUUAUGGAAAAUGUAAUUCGUUAAAUAUUUAAGGUAACUCUAAAUAAUCUACAGUUUGUUGACUAAAACUUGUUUCGUUUCGGUUUGUGCUUCAAUAAAACUUCUAUACGGGUCUGGCC